GGUAGACGCACGCGCAUUCAAGAGACGAACAGACGCGCGAACGUACGCGACGUCUCGGUAGUAAAGUAACUAUCUCCUUUUACUUUACUAGCUCCUUUUUAAUUAUAUAAAAACAUGUGUAAAUAUUAAUCAGUUCAGUGUUAGUCAUAUAUAAGGUUUUUACAAAAGUGACAGUCAUAUCAGAACAACAAACUGUUAUUAUAAUUGCACAAAAUUGUUGGGACAAACAUCCAAACAUUAACGCCAAAACGCGCAGGUAUCCUUGGCCACGUAUUCAAACUAGCAAUUAACUAUAUUAAAAUCACUGCUGAUGCAAUUGAUAAAAAUUCAAAGUUUGAUGAUAAAGUAAAAGCAACAGAAUCAUUUGAAAAUGAAGAACUGUUGGAAGUCGAUGAUGAGCUUGAAGCUGCUGGUGCUGAUCUCGCUAUGCAUACCUCCUCUGAUGACACAUCCGGCGGCACCUGUGCAGCUGACGGGUGGUCAGGCUCAGGGAUCAGUGUCUGUAGACGGGUCACACUUGCAAUACCUCGGCAUACCCUAUGCUACUGUUACGCACAGAUUCCAAGCAGCUGAACCGAAUCCAACAUGGGACGGCGUGUUCAACGCUCGCAAUGAACACAUCAGGUGCAAGCAGCGCUUCAUGGGCUCCCGCAUCCUCGGCGAGGAGGACUGCCUCACCCUCAACGUAUACACUCCUAAGGAGACCAGCGAUUCCCCGCUGCCCGUCAUGGUCUUCAUCCAUGGAGGGGGCUUCAGAGACGGCUCUGGAUCCCCCUUCGCCUACGGACCCAAGUUCCUCGUCAAACAUGGAGUUAUCCUGGUUACCCUCAACUACAGAGUCGAAGUCUUAGGAUUCCUCUGCCUGGGCAUUAAGGAGGCACCCGGCAAUGUUGGUAUGAAAGACCAAGUCGAAGCUCUAAAGUGGGUGCAGAACAAUAUAAGAGCAUUCGGUGGAGACCCCGACAAUGUAACUAUUUUUGGAGAAAGUGCAGGAGCCGCUUCAGUCAGUUUUCACUUACUGUCUCCGAUGUCUAAGGGUUUGUUUCACAGAGCGGUCAUGCAGAGUGGAUCCGCUCUGGCACACUGGGCUUUGCAGUUUGAACCUUUGACCAUAGCGAGCCGUCUCGCCGAACAAAUGGGAUAUUCCACAGAAGACCCUAUUGAAAUCUACAAUGUAUUCGCUAACAUGACAGCUGAGGAUCUGCUGUCCCACCGUGUGCCUCGUAAGAAAGGUGACAUCUAUAGCUCAGAGAUUAUAUUUGUGCCCUGCAUUGAAAAGAAGAUACAUAAUGUAGAACGAUUCUUGACUGACAGCCCUUAUAAUCUGAUUACGAAGGGUAAAUAUAACAAGGUUCCAGUAAUUAUUGGAUUUAACAACGAAGAAGGUUACUACUUCACUGGCAGAGAAAAUGAGACUACUUUGGCUAACGCGAACUUCUAUGAUGCGCUGCCACGAGACCUCAUGUUCCCUACAGAUGAGGAAAAGAUGAAGACAGCUAAAAUGUUCGACCAGCUGUAUAUGAAUGGUGAAAAAAUUACUGAAAAAAAAGAUUCCCUUAGGAAGUUCUCACGUUUCGAAGGUGAUGCGAUCGUUAUUUACCCUGUGGUGGCUACUAUGGAGUUGUUCUUGCGUACGUUGAAUAAGCCGGUGUUUGCUUACAAGUUCCAAUACGAUGGCUUUUUGAACUACGCUAAGAUGGCGUUUGGUUUCCGCGGCUCCCCGGGCGCUACACACGGAGACGAAUUAUUUUAUUUGUUCAGUUCUCUGGCCUUGCCUCCCAACUUGGAGCUCAAGUUCAUAAACAAAUUCACUGAAAUGUGGACCAAUUUUGCCAAGUACAGCAACCCCACGCCACCAUCAUCGUCAAUCUUGCCACAAUGGGAGUCAGCAGCGCUCCCGGAGCCCAAGCUGAUGGUGAUAGACGAGGACAUGUCCAUGGCGCCGAUAUGGAAGGACAACACCCAUGCUCUGCAGUUGUGGAACACCACUUAUGCAAAGUAUAGGAAAACGAUGCCAGAAAAGCACGUUCUUCUUAGUAUUAAGAAAACUUUACAGUUAACCAUAGGAAAAUCAUAACUGAGAUAAAUAUCAGAGACAAUUUUUACUAAUAUUCAUAACCAAUGUUCAUUAUAAGUUGAUAUAACAGUGAUCGUUUUGACAUUAUUUGUUGGUUACUCCAUAUUGGCCAAUAACUUAACCGUGAGUCACAAAAAAUCGUGCAGAAAUAAAUGACGUAGGCAAAAGAGUUCUGACGUCAAUAAACGUAAACUAUUGAGUGCUACUGGUAAUGUUUUUGAAAACUCCUGAAAUGCCUAAUAAUAUUGAAUUGCUUGUUCUGAAGUUGCAAUGUGUAUAUUGUACAAAUUGUUAAGUUGAAAACUGAAUAAAGUUGAUAAUAAUACAA